GGAAGAUAGAUAUAAAUGCAGAGAGAUAAUUUCCCUGUCUGUAACAAAAGUAAAGCAAAAGAAACUCCCGUAAUAAUCAUCAUCAAGCGCUCCAUUACAACUGUUCUAAGCAAUCUCUCAAAAUUUCAUUAAUUCAAUAAAUUAGGGUUCAUUUUUUGAAUUUUCAGAUCUAUUCGCAUUAUGUUUUCAAUUUUGUUCAUGUAGGUAUAUAUAAAUUUCUGUGUUCAAUUAUGUUGAAUUUAGAAUCGAUUGAUUCGAUCGAAUUGGAUUGCAGUUGCGUGUGUGACUCACGUUGAUGCUUGUAUCUGAUUUGGAAUUCCAGAUUUCCCUUCUUGUGAGUCGCACUUUUUACUACCUUGUCGAAAAUUAGAUCUUGAAAAUUGGCUCCGCAAAAGCGAUCAAUGCGCCACAUGGGUGGCCAGAUGCAGCAGAGCAAUGCGGCGGCAGCCACUUCUCUGUACGAGAACCCAGGACCCGGGGUGUCCGGCGGAGAUGCAGGCGAUGCCGUGAAGGCUCGGUGGCUCCAGUCUGCUGGUUUGCAGCAUCUAGCCUCUCCGAUGUCAUCCAAUGCAGUUGAUCAUCGCUUACUACCUAACCUCCUGAUGCAGGGUUAUGGACCGCAGUCUGCAGAAGAGAAACAAAGACUUUUCAAAUUAAUGAGGAAUCUCAACUUUAACGUUGAAACUGGUUCUGAGCCUUAUACUCCGACUGCCCAAAGUUCAACUGCAUUUUCUGCAUCAGAGAGCUUUUAUUCUCCUGACUUCAGGGGGGAUUUCGGAGCUGGGCUUUUGGAUCUACAUUCUAUGGAUGACAUGGAGCUUUUAUCUGAUCAUGUCAUCUCAGAGCCAUUUGAGCCGUCACCUUUCAUGCCUGCUGUGACCAACUCAUUUGAAAGUGACUUUCACUUGACAACCAGUGGGCUGCAGAAGGAGCAAACCAAUGCCGAUCCUCCCACUGGGUUACCUGCAAAUGAAAAAGAGAGAGAAAAUAAUGUUGCCAAAAUUAAAGUUGUUGUGCGCAAAAGGCCUCUGAAUAAAAAGGAAAUUUCUCGUAAAGAGGAUGACAUCGUGACUGUUUAUGAUGAUGCCUAUUUGACUGUCCAUGAAACCAAAUUAAAGGUGGACCUGACUGCCUAUGUGGAGAAACAUGAGUUCUGUUUUGAUGCCGUUCUAGAUGAGCAUGUGACAAAUGAUGAGGUGUACCGUGCUACUGUUGAGCCAAUUAUCCCCACCAUUUUUCAACGCACCAAAGCAACGUGUUUUGCCUAUGGUCAGACAGGGAGUGGCAAGACAUACACAAUGCAGCCAUUACCUCUUAGAGCUGCAGAAGACCUUGUUAGACUGUUGCAUCAGCCUAUAUAUCGUAAUCAAAGAUUCAAGCUGUGGCUUAGCUUUUUUGAGAUAUAUGGAGGAAAAUUGUUUGAUCUUCUUGGAGAAAGGAAGAAACUUUGUAUGAGAGAAGAUGGCCGGCAACAAGUUUGCAUUGUUGGACUACAAGAGUUUGAAGUCUCGGAUGUUCCAAUUGUGAAAGAAUACAUUGAGAGAGGAAAUGCAGCAAGAAGUACAGGUUCAACUGGUGCUAAUGAGGAGUCAUCAAGAUCACAUGCGAUAUUGCAACUGGCCGUGAAGAAGCACAAUGAGGUGAAAGAAUCUAAGCGAAAUAAUGACGGAAAUGAUUACAGGAGUGGGAGGGUUGUUGGAAAGAUUUCUUUCAUUGAUCUUGCUGGUAGUGAGAGAGGUGCUGACACAACUGAUAAUGACCGACAGACACGGAUUGAAGGAGCAGAAAUUAACAAGAGUCUUCUGGCUCUCAAGGAGUGUAUUCGUGCUCUUGACAAUGACCAGAUUCACAUUCCAUUCCGUGGGAGCAAACUCACUGAGGUGCUUCGUGACUCCUUUGUUGGCAACUCAAGGACUGUUAUGAUCUCUUGCAUUUCUCCAAAUGCUGGUUCAUGUGAGCAUACUCUGAAUACUCUGAGAUAUGCUGACAGGGUUAAAAGUCUUUCCAAAAGUGGAAACCUGAGGAAGGAUCAGACUAGUUCAGUGCCACCUAGCAUUAAAGAAUCUUCAACAGCACCAUCAUUUUCUGUUUCUGCUGAUACAGAGGAUGUUCAUGAGCAACUCCAAGAAUCUAUAGUAGUGGAUACAGAUAGAAGGGUUGUAGAGAAGGAAAAUCCAUCUUAUGCUGUCUCUACUAAUGAUGAGAAGCAACACUCUAGUGUUUCUUCAAGUUUUACCUAUAAUGACCGCAAGGAAGAUGGGAUUACUGCUGGUGGUUUGGACAGGGACGGGCCUGAUGUGAAAAAUACUUUCAGGGGUUCUGCUAGUCAGAAAACGUACUCAUCAGCAUACUCACAAAAUUCAGCUGAUAUAGAGGGGAAGGUGCAGAAAAAUUCUCCACCUCUGCGAAAAGCUUACAGGAAUGAAAAGACUGAAAAUCCAGGAAAUGAGCCGAAAAAAGAUGGUGACAAUUCUGAUACUUCGAACACUAGUUAUAAGCAGCAAAAUACGCCCAAAAAGUAUGAACAAUCACCUCAUGAUGGGAGUAUUAAUGAGAUACUCGAGGAAGAAGAAGCCCUGAUUUCUGCCCAUAGAAAAGAAAUCAAAGAUACAAUGGAGAUUGUUCGCGAGGAAAUGAAACUAUUAGCAGAAGUGGACCAACCAGGCAGCCACAUUGAGAAUUACGUAACUCAGUUGAGUUUUGUGCUCUCACGAAAAGCAGCAGGUCUGGUCAGCCUUCAGGCUCGUCUUGCUAGGUUCCAGCAUCGGCUUAAAGAACAAGAAAUACUGAGUCGAAAGAGGCUACCCCGUUAAGGCAAAUAUAAUAUGUUGGCCGGACAAUGCCACAAUCCUUUAUCCUGCUCUGUAAUAGUUUAUUUUCGUGUAUUUUGCAAAGUACAGCUUAAUUUUACCAUCAAACACAUAUAAUAAUCAUCUCAUGAAGUUAAUAUUGUGCAGCAACAGAAAAUAAUAAUUAGAAUCCUGGUUGGACUAGGAUAAAUGUGUAUUAUGGUACUGUAUUUACAAAGCAGUAACUGUGGGGAAUACGCACUUGACUUUUGUGAGUGGUGAUUGGUA